GUGACCCGCCCCCUGCUGUGCGGGCGGAAGGAUUUAAGCGACGCGAUGAUGACAGCCCGUUCACACCGACUGACGUAAACACUACUUUUACAGAUAGUGACAGUGGACAGAUAUGAACCCUGACGUUGACUACGGAGCUUCCGGGACCAGCGGGAACGGAAAGUUGCGACAAUGGCUGAUUGAGCAGGUGGAUUGCGGGAAAUAUGCUGGUUUGGUGUGGGAGAACAACGAGAAAACCAUCUUUAGAAUACCGUGGAAACACGCCGGUAAACAGGACUACAACCGGGAUGAAGAUGCCGCGCUUUUCAGGGCCUGGGCGCUGUUUAAAGGCAAAUAUCAUGAGGGAAUCGAUAAGCCAGACCCGCCGACUUGGAAGACACGUCUCCGCUGCGCGCUCAACAAGAGCAAUGACUUUGAGGAGCUUGUGGAGCGCAGCCAGCUGGACAUCUCAGACCCCUACAAAGUAUACCACAUCAUCCCAGAAGGGGCCAAGAAAAGGACCAGAGAAGAGGAUGGUCCUCUGAGUCCGAUGAGGUAUCCUUUGCACCCUGCUUACCCUCCCCUGCAGACUCAGAUACCACAGUACAUCCCUUCUCCUGAAUAUGGCUGGAGAGACUUGAAUCAGGAGCAAGCCUCCUUACCAGAGCUCCCCUUCACUCAGUGCCCUUGUCCACCCAGAAGCUUGUCAUUGCCGGGCCCUCCUAUGGAUAACGGAUACCAGUUUAGAGCUUCAAUUUAUUCCUAUGCUCCUGCUGAUGCACAGCCCUCUCCAUUUAGCCUGGACGCCAGCAUCAGGUCAGCAGAGGUACUAUCAGAUGCACGCCUAUAUAUUGCUGUAUAUUUUCGGGACACUUUGGUGAGGGAAGUUACCACCUCCAGCCCAGAGGGGUGUCACAUCACCCCAGGAUUCCCAGAGGAUAAGCACUAUGUGUUUCCUGGAGGCCAUGAUGUGGUGCCUUUGCCAAUGGACACCCUCUCAGCUCAGAAGAGAGCCGAGGAACGUCCCCCAAGUCCAUUGUCCUCCUUUGAGAAAGGGGUGUUAUGUUGGAUGGCUCCAGAUGGACUAUAUGCUCGACGGCUGUGUGAGGGUAGAGUGUACUGGCAGGGAGGGCCGUUGCUCUAUGGAGAUAAGCCUAAAAAGCUUGAGCGAGACUUCAACUGUAAACUCCUUCACACACAAGAUUACCUCACAGAGAUCCAUGGUUACGGGCACCACAGCCGACAACUGCCUCGCUUCCAGGUUCUGCUGAGUUUUGGAGAUGAGUGUUGUGAACCCCAGAGACAACGAGCAGCGCUCACUGUUGAGGUGGAGCCCAUGUUUGCCAGGAAGAUUUUUUUCUACUCCCAGCAAACCAGCGGACAUUUCUACCGCAGCUAUGAGCACUCAGGACUUACGGAGCACUUCAGCUUCUCGGAGGACCUCCACAGGGCCAUCACACAGCAUCACAGCCUGCAGGAGUGACCUGAGCACUUAAGUAUAUGCAUCUUCCAACAAAGCGCCUUCACAGAAGAGCAUGCAAAGAUUUGUAUUCUAUGACGAUAUUCUCAGGACACGCUUGUUUUGGGUGGCUUCAACUGUCACUGUGAUAAACAUUGUAGUGGAAAAAUACAGUGAGACCUCACCAUGUAAACAACCUUCAGGACGAGACCAACCUAUGCUGUAACAAAAUAGAAGAUAAUGGUCAUGUGAAUUUAGGCCUGGGCCGAUAAUGAGUAAAUUAAUCGAAUGCUACAUGAAAAUGAACUCAAAAACUUCUGGAAAAAGUUGCACUCAUGUGCAUCAACGCUGUAUAUAUAUACUAUAUAUAUACACUAAUUGACUGAAAGAGCGCGCACUUUGCCGAUGAUGUCAUGUUAUCGAUGGGAAAAUGCAUUUUUAGACAAUAUGAUUUGCCUGAGCAUCUAGGAGACACCGAGAGUAACAAGCGGUAGAAAAUGGAUUAGAAAGGACAGGUUUUAAAAAAAAAAUAAUAAUAAAAAACAUUUUUAUUUAACAUGGGACUUCUCACAGGCCUGAUUUUGGAAGCGGCUGUAGUUUGGGGACCCCUUGUCUAUACUGUCUGGUGACAGAAUGAUUGUCAACAAUAAGUAUUUUCACAUGCUUGUAUAUGAAAAAUAAUUAAAACAAUUCAAAAGCACUUGUUCCAGGACCAAAAAUUUAAUUAAAAUCUGUCCGUUACUUAUCCGUCGGAUUACGCAACUGGUUGCAUUUUUUUUUACGAAGCAGCACAUUUUUUCAGAACACCGGCACUGAUAAAUCACCUGUUCGUUUGUCAUUUCUUGCUUUCAAACAGGGUGCAAGAGGUUUCACUCUGUGCUGAGCACGCGUGUUCCAUAGCAGAAUUAAAUGAACCCUCGUUAGUCACCUACAAUCUUUUUUCUCUAAAUCUCGGCUUUAAAAGGAAUGAGAAAGAUCGGCCCAUAAAGACGGACAAACAAGCUUGCAUGCCAAACCCCAGCAAAAAAACAUUCCCAUUUAAAAAGGCUGGGAUUUAGCUGGGAUUUUUUCCAACUACAAAAUCGAAAGAGGGUAAAGUAGGUGGGAAGUUUAGCCUCUCUCGUUUUUGUACUUGGAAAAAAUCCCAGCCAUUUUCCCCUUUUUUUGUCCAAGUACAAAAUCGAAAAAAGGUAAAGUAGGUGGGAAGUUUAGCCUCUCCCACCAGACCCAGAUUUGUCAACUGGGGAAAAUAUUUAUUGAAGUGCAAUUUUUGUGAAUAGAUUGAUUUAAUUUUUAUUCUUAAAUUACUGUAUUGCAGAUAACCAAAAGUUAUUGACCUUCCAAAUACAAAGGUAAAAAACACACUGAAGACAAAUACAAGUUUUUUGAGUUUGAAAGUAUUACAUGCUCGAUUGUUAUAUAUUAUGAUUACAUUAGUGCUGAAAUUGGUCUCAAAAUAAUACUAAAAAUAUCAUUUAUCGGCAAUAAUUUGUGGAACAAUAUAUCGUCCAGUAAAAUGCGUUAUCGGCCCAGGCCUAUAUUCACGUCAUCAUAUCUUGCAAAAUCCGAGGAUUUGAGCUAAGUUUUUUCAAACCAAAAACUUGCUAGUAUAUGUUACCAUUUUUUUUUUUUUUUUUUUUAUAAAACCUUUAUUUACCCAGAAAACUCCCGUUGAAAUUAAGAAUCUCUUUUGCUAGGGAGUCCUGCCAAACACAUUCAUACACCAGCAAGGUGGGUAAAGUGUCUUGCCCAAGGGCACAACGGCAGUGACUCAGAUAGCAGUAGCUGGAUUCCAGGAAUCCUCUUAACCAUCUGAGCUACUUCGCCCCACAUUAUACCAUAAUAAUGUGGUUUGAAGACAAUGUAUAUAUUUUUAUAUGGCUUAAAAUUUUCACAAUUACUAAUCAUAUUGAAUAGAAAUUGCACAUUGGCUCGAGGAAUUAGUCCAAGGUUCAUGGCUGUCUUGCUCGGGAGCGCGUGCACAUACACAAAAGCAGUCACAGCGACCAAAAUAACAAUUUGCAGUCAUGCUGUUGUUACCAUAGAAUAUAUAUAACUGUAUAUAUAUUCAAUGAUCGCUAACGCUAGUUGAUAAACUUUGCCGAAGUGCUACCAUUAGCUGACAACACACAAAGAUAUAAUGCUUUCACCACUUUGCAAAGUUCGCACCCUUUAUGCAGCUGCGGUAGCAAACCGCUCCUUAUUAUUUUAGGAUUGAGACAUAUUAUUAUAUUUGGGUUACUUGAAUAAGCCAUGUGAUGGCAUACAUUCAUUCAUGUUAUACAAAUACUAGAGACGUCCGAUAAUAUCGGACUGCCGUUAUUAUCGGCCGAUAAAUGCUUUAAAAUGUAAUAUCGGAAAUUAUAGGUAUCGGUUUCAAAAAGUAAAAUUUAUGACUUUUUAAAACGCCGCUGUACGGAGUGGUACACGGACGUAGGGAGAAGUACAGAGCAGUUGCGUCUCCCAGUCAUACUUGCCAACCCUCUUGAUUUUCCCAGGAGACUCCCGAAUUUCAGUGCCUCUCCCGAAAAUCUCCCGGGGCAACCAUUCUCCCGAAUUUCUCCCGAUUUCCACCCAGACAACAAUAUUGGGGGCAUGCCUUAAAGGCACUGCCUUUGCGUGCCGGCCCAAUCACAUGAUAUCUACGGCUUUUCACACACACAAAUGAAUGCAAAUCAUACUUGGUCAACAGCCAUACAGGUCACACUGAGGGUGGCCGUAUAAACAACUUUAACACUGUUACAAAUAUGCGUCACACUGUGAACCCACACCAAACAAGAAUGACAUACACAUUUCGGGAGAACAUCCGCACCGUAACACAACAUAAACACAACAGAACAAAUACCCAGAACCCCUUGCAGCACUAACUCUUCCGGAACGCUACAAUAUACACCCCCCGCUACCCCCAACCGCCUCAUACUCUCUCAGGGAGAGCAUGUCCCAAAUUCCAAGCUGCUGUUUUGAGGCAUGUUAAAAAAAAUAAUGCACUUUGUGACUUCAAUAAUAAAUAUGGCAGUGCCAUGUUGGCAUUUUUUUCCAUAACUUGAGUUGAUUUAUUUUGGAAAACCUUGUUACAUUGUUUAAUGCAUCCAGCGGGGCAUCACAACAAAAUUAGGCAUAAUAAUGUGUUAAUUCCACGACUGUAUAUAUCGGUAUCGGUUGAUAUCGGAAACGGUAAUUAAGAGUUGGACAAUAUCGGAAUAUCGGCAAAAAAGCCAUUAUCGGACAUCUCUAACUAAUACACAUUGGUACUUCAGUUUUCCUGCAAAGGCUUUGUUGAAAACUGAAAAAUGAUAAUAGAAUACUAAUUAUUCCAAGUGGAAAGCAAUGCAAAAGACAUAAAUGAACUUUGAACAUAACUGUUACCUUUUAUCGAAGACUCUUCAUGGUGACGAUCCAGGUUUGAAUCUGCUUUGGAACAUUUGUGUGUGGCUCCUGUUCUUGAGUGGGUACUCGGAUGCGUGUUUGUCUAUGUGUUCCUGGCGACCAGUCCAGGGUCUACAUGGUCUCUCACAUAGACUCCACAAGUGAUAUCAUUGUCACAGUCGUGCCAUCAUAAUACCGUUAGGUAAUGUAACCUGAUUGUUAUUUUUCUGUUAAAUAUCUUAUCAAAUGCUUCUGUGAAUGUAUUACAAACUUCCGCAAUCAGCUUUUUUUAAAGUUGCAUGAAUCUUGCAAAAAAAGUAUAGCAGAGGGCCAACUGUUCUCUGUAUGGAUGCACAUGAUUGUGUGUCAAGGCUUUGUGCAUACAGUACAUUCAUGUUUCACAUAUCAUUUGAAUAUUCUAUAGAUUGGAUAAUAUCUAUUUGAGUACCAUAAACAGUAUUUGUAUAUAUUGGCCACUAAAUAUGCGAUAUGUCAGCUCAGCAAGAAUUUGCCAAUAAAGCUGGAAACAAAACAUGUGUUGAAGUCUUGUUUAACCAAUAAUUCAAAUGUACUUGCUUGGACAAAACAUCUCAACAAUAAAAAUUUAAAAAAGAUUUUCCAGUGAUAUAUUUGUGUGAAUGCCCCAAAACAUUCACACAUAUGGUUUUUUGAACUUAUUCUUCUUCUUCUCCAGAUUUUGGCGCGCUCGACCUUCCACAUUUUUCACCCGAUUCAAACCGUUCCAACUUCAAACUGUUCAGCCUAUUCGGGAAUUGCGGGCUUUUCCUUGACAAAUUCCAAAAAUUCCCAAAUUUCCCAGAAUUCCAGGUUUUCCGGGACAUUUUUCCCAUUCAAAAUGAAUUGGCCAUUUUUCAACCUUUCAACCAUUUCCACAUUUUUCAACCUAUUCAAACCAUUUCACCUUCAACACAUUCCACCAUUUUGGAAAUUCAAACUAUCAUUUUUUCAAGUUCCAAAAAAUUCCAGGAUUUUCCAGAACUCCUGCUUUUCCAGAGCCCUAUUUCCACCUUUUUUCUGGCGACUACUCUUUCCACAUUUUUCAACCCACUUCAACCGUUCCACUGUCAAAACAUUCCUCUUAAUUAGGACAAAAAACAGAGUUGUUUUUUGAGCUUGAAAAAAUUCCCAGUUUUCACAAAAUUCCAGGAAUUCCGUAAUACCUUUUCUCAAUUAAAAAUGUUACUACUUCAA